AUGAAGAUCCUCCUCAUCUUCACCCUCUGUCUGAUCUCAGCAGAGUUCAGUGUGAUGAUCAGAGAGCUCACUGUAGAGGACACUGGGACGUACUACUGUGGAGUUGAUUUACUCAGGGUGAUAGACAUUUCCACACCUGUGGAACUGAAGGUGAAGGAAGGGGGCUCGGUCUCUAGAGAAGUGAGUGCAUAUGGAGGGGGAGGAAUCUACAUCAAGUGCAGAUAUGAGGAUGAAUAUAAAGACAAACCCAAAUCUUUCUGUAAGAUGGGAACACAUCAGUGGUGUUUUAAUCCAAUAACAACAAAACUACACAGUGAAUGGUCACAUGAUGGCAGAUUCUCAAUUCAGGACAACAGAAGUGCAGGAUUCUUCAGUGUGUUUAUCAGAGAGCUGAUUACGGAGGACACUGGAACAUACGCGUGUGCUGUUGUUGUGUCUGAUGAAAUACAGAUCUACACUGUAGUGAAGCUGAAUGUAAGAGAAGAUCUGUCCUAUGAGAAGUCCAUCAGUAAGACUGUCCAUGUAGGAGGAGAUUUGAAUAUCAGCUGUAAAUACCCACAAUCCCUCAGGAGCGACCCCAAGUUUCUCUGCAAGACGAGGCUGCAAGAUUCUGCUUGUUCUUAUAAAGAAUCUGUUGAAGAAAGUAGAAAAUAUGUAAAUGAGGGGGAAUUCUCCCUGUAUGAUGACGGAGAAACACAAAUGUUGACUGUGAGUAUUAGAAAUGUAACUGAGCAGGACUCUGGUGAAUACUGGUGUGGAGCUGAAGCAGCCUGGACAUCUGAUCAUGGAUACAAGGUUUAUUUCACACAGAUCAACCUGACAGUUACUGAGCCACGUGUUCCAGUUUCAGCCUCGAGACCAACACAACCUUCAUCAUCCUCAUCAUCAUCUGAGCCUACUCCAGCUUCUUCUCCAGCAGGUGAUUCUGCUCAGCUCCUCAUCACCCCCAGAGUCUAACCAGAGGUCUCUUGCAUGACCUCGCCGGACCUCUUGCAUGUUUUUGGGUUACGUUUUUGAUCACGUUUUGGAUUUGUCUGCCUGUCUCUCUUUAAAUAAAACUGUUGUUUAACCUGC